UUUCUCAACUGUAACAGCAGAAGAGAUUCUAAAACUCAUCCAGUCUUGCAAUCCUACCACCUGCCCAUUGGAUCCACUCCCUUCCACUUUGCUGCAGACCAUCUCGCAAGACCUUCUGCCCUUCAUUACAACUAUCACCAAUAGAUCCAUAGCAUCUGGUCAGGUACCAACUACCUUCAAGAGAGCAAGGGUUAUUCCCAUCCUGAAGAAACCUGCUCUGGAUCCAUCAGACAUCAGUAACUACAGACCGGUAUCACUUCUCUCGUUUCUUUCAAAAAUUCUUGAACGCAUUGUCUUUAAUCAACUGUCUGUCUAUCUCUCACAGAACAACCUCCAAGACCCCAACCAGUCUGGCUUUAAAGCAGCUCAUUCCACAGAGACAGCCCUUUUAGAUGUCUCUGAGAAACUACAUGCUGCUAGAUCAGCCAAUCUCUCAUCUGUCCUUAUCCUCCUUGACCUUUCAGCAGCGUUUGAUACGGUCAACCAUAAGACUCUCUUAGCCACCCUCAGGAGUCUUGGGAUAUGCGGAUCAGCUUGGGAAUGGUUCGCUUCCUACCUGGAAGGACGCUCAUAUCAGAUGCCACAGCUUCUGACCGGAUCUCUGCAUGUCUGGCAGAAAUUUCAUCAUGGAUGACUGCUCAUCAGUUAAAGCUUAAUCCUAGCAAAACUGAGCUGCUCUUCAUCCCAGGUGAUUCAUCCCCAGGUCAUGAUCUUGCUAUAUCCUUGCACAACGAUCUGAUCUCCCCUUCAGCCACAGCUCGCAACCUUGGGGUAACCAUGGACAAUCAACUGUCCUUUUCCUCUCAUGUUGCUAAUGUGACUCGCUCAUGUCGGUUUCUUCUCUACAACAUUAGAAGGAUUCGACCAUUUCUGUCCACACAGGCUGCUCAGGUACUUGUUCAGUCUCUUGUCAUUUCUAGACUGGAUUACUGCAAUGCACUGCUGGCAGGUCUACCUAUGAACGCAAUCCGUCCUCUGCAAAUGAUCCAAAAUGCAGCUGCCCGGCUUGUUUUCAACCUGCCAAAGUUCUCUCAUACCACCCCGCUGCUGCGAUCCCUCCACUGGCUUCCGGUAGCUGCACGCAUCAGAUUCAAAACACUGAUGCUGGCCUACAAAGCCAAAAAUGGACCAGCUCCCUCUUACCUCAAAGCCCUCAUCACUCCUCGCACUGCACCCCGCACCCUCCGAUCUACCAGCACUGCUCGACUGGUUCCACCAUCUCUCAGGGUAAGAGGCAAGUAUACUACAAGACUCUUCUCUGUACUGGCACCAAGGUGGUGGAACGAACUUCCCCUAGAGGUCCGGACAGCUGAGUCACUGGCUAUUUUCAAGCGGCGGUUGAAGACCUACUUAUUCAGGAAACACUUCAACUAGCACUUCUUUCAUUAUCUUUUGCAUUUAAAAAAAAAAAAAAAAAAAAA